AUGAGGCGUUACUCCCAUCCAUUGAGAAGGUAUGAGUGGGACGGGCAGCAGUGGCGAUGGAGUACUGAUGAGUUUGUGAACUCACAGCACCAGCCAGUGAGUAGUUUUGGUAGAGGAAGAAAUUUUGCAGCCAAAGGUUUUCAAGAAGGAAUUGAAGAAGAUGCCAUUACACAAAACAGAGGUUUUAAAGGAUUUGGACAAGGUUUUCAAGAACGCAACGCUGUAGAUGGUGCUAGUACACAAAACAGGGGGUUUAAAGGAUUUCGUGGUGGCUUUGGACAAGGUGACAGUUUUCAAGAAGGAAUUGAAGAAGAUGCUGUUACGCAAAACAGAGGGUUUAAAGGAUUUCGCAGUGCCUUUGGACAAGGUUUUCAAGAACGCAAUGCUGUAGAUGGUGCUAGUACACAAAACAGAGGGUUUAAAGGAUUUCGUGGUGGCUUUGGACAAGAUCCAGUACUGAUUUACAAGUGGUCAAAAGCUAUUGCUGUUGCUGCCACCAGCAAGGGUUUGGUACCAAAGAUGGACAAAGAGGUAUACCUCAGUCUGGAACUCUCAGUUUUAGAGAGAGAGGAACUCUCGCAGACGGUGCAGGUGAGACUUUUUAGUAGUGGGGGUUUUCAAGAAGGAAUUGAAGAAGAUGCUGUUACGCAAAACAGAGGGUUUAAAGGAUUUGGACAAGGUUUUCAAGAACGCAAUGCUGUAGAUGGUGCUAGUACACAAAACAGAGGGUUUAAAGGAUUUCGUGGUGGCUUUGGACAAGGUGGUAGAGGUAGGCAAAGGGACAUACCUCAGUCUGGAACUCCUGAUUCUAGAGAAAGAGGAAUACUCACAGAUGGUGCAGGUCCAAAGGUGACUUAUGUGCCCCCUCCUCCACCUGAUGAUGAACAAGCCAUCUUUGCACAUUACCAGACAGGAAUGAAUUUUGACAAGUAUGAUGAAAACAUUGUUGAAGUGUCAGGACUGGACCCUCCAGCAGCAUUAAUGAGUUUUGCAGACACUAACAUGUGUCAUACUUUAACUGUGAACAUUGCUAAAGCUGGGUACUCUAAACCUACUCCAGUGCAGAAGUACAGCAUUCCUAUUAUACUGGCCGGACGGGAUUUAAUGGCAUGUGCCCAGACAGGAUCAGGAAAAACUGCAGCAUUUCUUGUACCAAUUGUGGCCCAAAUGAUGAGGGAUGGUGUAACUGCCAGCAGCUUUAAAGAGCAGCAAGAACCAGAAUGUAUUAUUACUGCCCCAACUAGAGAACUGAUAAAUCAGAUCUUCCUAGAAGCAAGGAAAUUCGUGUAUGGAACUUGUAUAAGGCCUGUUGUGAUCUACGGAGGUACACAAACAGACUACUCGAUUCGUCAGAUUGGUUUGCAUAAUGUGAAAUAUUUGGUGCUAGAUGAAGCAGACCGCAUGCUUGAUAUGGGUUUUGGUGCAGAUAUGAAGAAGUUGGUAUCUUUCCCAGACAUGCCACAAAAAGAGAAACGCCAAACACUAAUGUUUAGUGCCACUUUCCCUGAAGAAGUUCAGAGGCUAGCUUGUGAAUUUUUGAAAACUGAUUUUUUAUUUGUUGUUGUUGGACAUGCGGGUGGAGCAUGCAGUGAUGUUCAGCAAAAUAUUCUUCAAGUUUCUCAGUAUUUCAAGAGGGAUAAACUGAUAGAAAUUCUACACAGCAUAGGUAAUGAACGAACUCUGGUCUUUGUGGACACGAAGAAAAAAGCAGAUUUCAUUGCAUGCUUUCUUUGUCAAGAAAAUAUACCAGCCACUAGUAUCCAUGGAGAUAGAGAACAGAGAGAGAGAGAAAUAGCACUUCGGGAUUUUCGUUCUGGAAAAUGUCCAGUUCUUGUGGCAACUUCCGUGGCAGCAAGAGGUCUGGACAUUGAAAACGUUCAGCAUGUCAUUAAUUUUGAUCUUCCUUCCACCAUUGAAGAGUAUGUACACCGAAUUGGGCGAACUGGUCGUUGUGGAAAUACAGGGAAAGCAGUUGGCUUCUUUGAUAACAAUUCAGAUGGUCAUCUUGCACAACCUCUAAUUAAAGUGCUUUCGGAUGCUCAGCAGGAAGUUCCCGUUUGGUUGACAGAAGUUGCUUUUGAGACUGAAGGAGGACGGCUCCCAGUUAAUAAUACCCAAAAGUUGUGCAUCUUCAAAGAAUUCAGUAUUACUGAAACUAAUUUCAGACAAGUUGCUUGA